AGCGGGCUCCCGACGCACUGCCUGAGUGAGUGCGCGGGCGGCUUCCGGUGUGGGUGACGAGUGGUGGCCGAAGCAGGGGGACAUCAGGGGACUCUUAGGCUGGAACCAUGGCGGACGGCGGCUCGGAGCGGGCUGAUGGGCGCAUCGUCAAGAUGGAGGUGGACUACAGCGCCACGGUGGAUCAGCGCCUGCCCGAGUGCGAGAAGCUGGCCAAGGAAGGAAGACUUCAAGAAGUUAUUGAAACCCUUCUCUCUUUAGAAAAACAAACACGUACUGCUUCUGAUAUGGUUUCUACAUCCCGUAUCUUAGUUGCAGUAGUGAAGAUGUGCUAUGAGGCUAAAGAAUGGGAUUUACUUAAUGAAAAUAUUAUGCUUCUGUCAAAAAGGCGGAGUCAGUUAAAACAGGCUGUUGCAAAAAUGGUUCAACAGUGCUGUACUUAUGUUGAAGAAAUCACAGACCUCCCAGUCAAACUUCGAUUAAUCGAUACUCUCCGAAUGGUUACAGAAGGAAAGAUUUAUGUUGAAAUUGAGCGUGCUCGACUGACUAAAACAUUAGCAACUAUAAAAGAGCAAAAUGGUGACGUGAAAGAGGCAGCCUCCAUUUUACAAGAAUUACAGGUGGAAACCUAUGGGUCAAUGGAAAAAAAAGAGCGAGUGGAAUUUAUUCUGGAGCAAAUGAGGCUCUGCCUUGCCGUAAAGGAUUAUAUUCGGACACAAAUUAUCAGCAAGAAAAUUAACACCAAAUUUUUCCAGGAAGAAAACACAGAGAAAUUAAAGUUGAAAUACUAUAAUUUAAUGAUUCAACUGGAUCAGCAUGAGGGAUCCUAUUUGUCUAUUUGUAAGCACUACAGAGCAAUAUAUGAUACUCCCUGUAUACAGGCAGAAAGCGAAAAGUGGCAACAGGCUCUGAAAAGUGUUGUUCUCUAUGUUAUCCUGGCUCCCUUUGACAAUGAACAGUCAGAUUUGGUUCAUCGAAUAAGUGGUGACAAGAAGUUAGAAGAAAUUCCCAAGUACAAGGAUCUUUUAAAGCUUUUUACUACAAUGGAGUUGAUGCGUUGGUCCACACUUGUUGAAGACUAUGGGAUGGAAUUAAGGAAAGGUUCCCUUGAGAGUCCUGCAACUGAUGUUUUUGCUUCUACAGAAGAAGGUGAAAAAAGGUGGAAAGACUUGAAGAACAGAGUUGUUGAACAUAAUAUUAGAAUAAUGGCCAAAUAUUAUACUCGGAUAACAAUGAAAAGGAUGGCACAACUUCUCGAUCUGUCUGUUGAUGAGUCAGAGGCUUUUCUCUCGAAUCUAGUAGUUAACAAGACCAUCUUUGCUAAAGUAGAUAGGUUGGCAGGAAUCAUCAACUUCCAGAGACCCAAGGAUCCCAAUAAUUUAUUAAAUGACUGGUCUCAGAAACUGAACUCAUUGAUGUCUCUGGUUAACAAAACUACACACCUUAUAGCCAAAGAGGAGAUGAUACAUAAUCUACAAUAAGGGUCCCAAUGCUUUUAGAAAAGAGAUGAAAUAGGAAGUCAUUAAAAAAAAAAAAAAGACUGUUAUCAUGGUGUAUAUGUUGGUUUCUUUCUUUUUUAUUUUUUUUUUCUAUUCUCUGCUUCUUUAUCUAAAAUCUUAAAAUAGUGGAUGUGUUUGAGGCUCCUUUUGACCUUUCAUUUCCCUAGUUUCAUUAAUUCUGCAUUUGCAGUUGGUGCAAAAAUACACAUUUCUGUUGUCUGAAUACACAAAAAAUUGUGCCAUAACUUACCCAAGUAUGUUUUUCUAUCACUGGAAAACUUUUUAGCUAUUUGUUUUCAUUCAACUAACAACUAUAUAAUAAUAAAAGCGGUAUAUGUGUGUUUACUUUC